UUAAACAGUAUUGCACGGACUAUAAGGAAGAGGGAAGUUCUGUUUGCUUCUUUCCGGAAGAGUAUUUUAUUGUAGUGCAAGCUGUCUUAAAAAGUACGUUUAGCAGUUAUUUCUCCUGUUUUUUAUUUAGUGCUGGGAUUUACAAAAGUAAAAUGAACAACAGGGGAGAAAUUCAGGGGGCUUCCUGCUCAUGUAGCGGUAGGGAAGGUCUAAGUCAGGAGGAAUCCCAAGCUACCACCAUAUACAGCUCUCUCCCGUGCAUCCCCUAUCAGAAGCUCACAGACCAGAUAUUUAUCAACAGGGGAGCUUAUGGGGUCGUCUACAGAGCCUUCCAUGCUGACUGGAGGGUACAAGUUGCUGUAAAAUUUUUCCCAAUGGAACGCCACCUAGAGGAUAGAGAACGAAACAAGAUUUUAAAGGAAGCAGAAAUUUUACACAAAGCCAGAUUUAGUUAUAUUCUUCCCAUACUGGGAAUAUGCAAUGAAGUUGAGUGUCUGGGAAUUGUGACAGAAUAUAUGCCUAAUGGAUCUUUAAGUCAGCUGUUACAUAAGGAUCCCUUGUUAGAAAUUGCUUGGUCAUUAAGGUUCCGGAUAUUAUAUGAAAUUGCAUUAGGAGUAAAUUUUCUUCACAACAUGACUCCUUCUUUAUUGCAUCAUGAUUUAAAUACUCGGAAUAUCUUACUGGAUAAUGAAUUCCAUGUUAAGAUUGCUGAUUUUGGCUUGUCAAAAUGGCGUCAGUUUUCUAAAUCACAAUCUUUUAGUGAUUCAAGUCCAACAGGAGGAAGUAUUGUUUACAUGCCGCCAGAGGAGUAUGAUCAUAGAAACAAAAACAAACGAGCAAGUAUUAAACAUGACAUGUACAGCUAUGCUAUUAUUAUGUGGGAAGUUCUGUCAAGAAAAGAACCAUAUGAAGAUGCAACAAAUGCAAUGCAGAUAAUGUUUAGUGUAGCUCAAGGCAACCGACCAGAUCUGAGUGAAGAAAGUUUGCCAGCUACCGUACCACAGAGAGACGUGUUUAUUUCUUUAAUGUCAAGUGGAUGGGCAAAAGAUCCCGAUGAUAGACCUGCUUUCCUAAAAUGCUUGUUGGACCUUGAAAAGGUGGUGAGAACUUAUGAUGAGAUCUCGGUUCUGGAAGGAAUCAUCCAGCUAAAAAAAGUAUCACCACACUGCAAGCAAUGCGUAGACCACAGUGAUACUGGAGCAGUAUCGGUGCCAGAGAGCAGCAGUAGAGAGGUAUUGGCUCACUGCAAGCAAUGCGUAGACCACAGUGACACUGCAGCAGUACCGGUGCCAGAGAGCAGCAGUAGAGAGAUGGAAAGCAGCAACCUGACGGUAUCCAUUUCACCUUUGCCACUUAUGAGCCUUUGUUCAGAAUGUUGCAAACCACCUGGUGGGGGAUUUGAUCCCAUAUUUUAUAUCAGCAAUGUAAAUAGAAAACCGUCAAUUCCCGAAAACAUUGCAGGUUCUAUGCAGGAAUCUUCCUUAGCUGCUAAUUGGAUCAAGGGCAAAAGAAAUGAAAUAAUAUCUCAAAUGACUGAGGCAUGCCUAAAUCAGUGCUUGGACUCUCUUAUUUCAAACAUAGUGAUCCUAAAGGAAGAUUAUGAACUGAUCAAAUCAAAACCUACAAGGAGUGACAAAGUCAGAGAACUUCUUGACACAUGUGACAAGCAAGGAGAAACGUUUGCCAGAAUUAUAGUGCAGAAGUUGAAACAUAAUAGACAGAACGGUCUUCAGCCUUUCCCAUCAAUAUGAUUCCAUGUUUUUAAUUUAAAGAUAUGCAAAAGCAUUCUCUCUUCUCUCUCUCCUCUCUCUCUCAUUUAUAGGUCAAUUUUACAUAUAUUUUACUGAAGAAAUGGUUGAUAUUGCAGACUCUCUUGUUCAAUGUCAAUACAGGUAGAAAACCCUUUAUCCAAACUGCUUGGGGCUGUAAAAGACUUGGAUUGUGGAACAGUUUAGAUCGUUGAACAUUUGCAUGUUUAAAACGGAACAAAUAGAGGGGAAGGAACCAAAUGUAAACAAUAUUUGAUUUAAUUUAGACAAUAUUUAGAUUUCAUAAUUCAACUUAUACAUGCAAUUUAAAGGUGGUUUUAUAUCAUUUUUAAUAUUUUUAUAUAUACAUAAUACCUUCAAAAAGAUAGUACAGUUCUGUAAUCAGAAAGCUAAUAUUUGUUGUUUUAAAUAAAUAUAGACCAUUAUUUGCAUUAUAUUAGAACACAAAAAAACAAACCAAAGACACAGGCCGGGAAUAUUGUGACUUAAAGGUGGGAAAAAAAUAUUAAUUAAAAAGUCUGGAUUUUAGAAUUGAGCCUCUCCAAUGAAUUUAUUCCCUAAAUCCCGACAACCGCCAAUACAAGUUCCUCCUCUAUUAAAACACCCUAUGUUCAAAAAAUGGGGGCUGUGUCUGGGCAGUGGCCAUGCAAGGUUGCAAAAUCAGGAGCUCUUGGUGAGAACAAGAUAAUCCACAGAUUAUCUCCAGAUAAUUACAACAUGUUCUAAAUCUCUAGCUAAAGGUGUGCAGUAUUCUACUGACUCAAAUGAUACUAAAUGUGUUGUCUGUAUGACCCUCGAGCACUGAUCCGGACGGUCAAGAGUUUUGGUGGCCUCCUACCUGGGAGACCUCGACACUACCGCCGGUAACCUGGGUAUUGCAGUUGUGGAUGAACUGCUAUCUCUACUAUUUACAUGCAGCAUUUUUGUGAAGGGUCUGGUCUUCUCUGGUCCAUUGCUGAACUUACAGUCAUUAGAUAGAUGGAGGUCAGCAAUCCUUGAGCUUCUUCAAUCCCAUUUCUGGAGCCUGCAGCAGUGGAUGUGUGCAGCCUUUGACAGAUCUUGUGAUGGGGUUCGAUUUUUAUUUGUGGACCUGCAUAACAGCUAUUGCUAUGAGUCCUGUAGCCUAGAGAAGUCUGAUCAUUACUGUACAUAUAUGGACACUACAAGCAGCAAGCAAGCAGCUGAUACUACUGACACCUGAUGGCAGAGAUUCUGAAGUUUCUGAUGCCGGUAUGCAUUUAGCACCUGACAGGGGCUUCCUGAGUGCAUCUGGAGAGGGGAAAGUUCCUGUUGGUAUGAAGGAUGCAGCUGACAGCUCCAAGAGAGACCCUAGCCAUUAGAGGGUUUGGGAACAGCUCAAAGCUUCCUGGCAUAGCAUGUACUCUUCCUCCUAGGUUUCUGGGACUCUGCUUAUCUAUUACUGAGCCUGAUUAUGACUCUAACCUCUGGGACUUUGUUUGACCCUGUAAGAAAAAGGACAUCAUGCUCCAUGAGUGCCAUCUCAUAACUUUUACAGUUUGUCAUGCUCGAAAGGGGCAUUGGCUAAAUAUUUACUGUAUGUUAGGUGCUAUGUUGAAAGCUCGCCCUGUGCUGAGAGUUAGUUGAGAGUUAGUUGAGCCGUUUAUUUCGCUUAUUUGUUGCUUUGAAGGCUAUUAGCUGGAUUAUUUAACUGGUUUACUGCCCUACUUCAUUUGACAGGAUACUCCUAAGGACUUUUCACUUCUAAGCUUAUUGCCCAAUGCUACAGGAGGACUCAUCUUAAAGGCAGUAUGCAUUUUACUUAUAACUAUCUUCUUGCAAGCCACACAACUAGUCACAACGUCACAAAAGGUAUGACAUUAUGCUAGCUGUAUUUCAGGUCUGAGUACAUUUUAAUUGAACACAUAUCCAUAUUUAUACACACUGAUUACAUAUUGUUAACCUCUUAAGGACAUAUGACGGAAUUUUUCCGUCAUAAAACAAUUGAGCAAACUGAAAGCUGUGUCCUUAAAGGGUUAAGGAACAGUAACUUUACCAUCACUUCAAAAUUUGAAAGAACUUUGAAAUAAUAAAUAUAUGCAAUUCUUUUGGUUUCUGUUUUAGGUCGUUCAUAGCAACAAACCAACUUUAUUUAUGAUAAUACACAAGUGUUCCUUAAACAUGGGGGUUGAUCAUAAUCUAUUGUUUGAUCAUUAUAAUCAUGUUAACAGCUGAUGGUGAGGAGCCAUUUUUGCUGCGAACAUGAUCACAAUCAGAUAUUUUCAUUGUUUAUCAGCAGCACUUUUUCACUAUCUUUUUGUUAAAAACUGUCCCUAUACUUAACGUGUGACAGUCCUGUUUUUCUGCUAACAAUUUCUUAGUACUGAACAUCACAACAAUAUGGCCCUUUUUUAACUUAACAGAUUCAACAGCUAAAAAUACUUGAUAAACCCUAGAUUACACUUAUUGCCAGGUACCCCAAAAGCAAUAAUGAUCCAAAAUUACAGCCUGUUAAGCUACACUCAUAUCAUAAUAAUUUGUGUAAUAGUAUGCAUGAUUCAUAAGAAAAGUUUAAAUACUAUAACUGCUCAGGGAUUAAAUUAUGCAAAUAAACCUCAUGUUUAAAACAAA